GGCCAGCCGGCGCAGACAGGUGUAGAAGUGGUCUCAGCAGACAAGCGCAGCACUCUCAGCAGCACCUGCGCCGCCUGCCAGAAACACGUCCACCUGGUGCAGAGGUUUCUGGUGGAUGGCAAGCUCUACCAUCGCAACUGCUUCAGGUGCAUAGAGUGCCACAGCACUUUGCUUCCUGGAUCCUACAAAUUAGGAAGCGACUCUGGGGCGUUGGUCUGUACACAUCACAUUACAAGGCAUGCUUCAGCCAAUCAGAACGGCCGGCCAGAUCUAAAUAAAAGACCAGUGGAAGUUCAGUCCAGCAGGAUCGGUCGCAGCACAAUUCCCUACGCCUCAGCCUCUGAGAGGGACCAGUCAAAGACUCCUUCUCCGGUAUGCCAAACAAAUUAUACUGACACACCCACCAAUGACUCUGUCACAGUUGCUGCUGUUGAAACAAACCAAACAGACUCUUUGGAAAAAGCAAACAAGAUGGAUGGCGAGACAGAGGAGAUACCACGUUCUUCCUCUCCUCCCAACCCGUUUGAUGAGAGCGAUGAAGAGGAGGAAGAGGGGGAGAAAGAGGAAGAUACUAAAACACCAGCCAAAAAAACAACAAAUGGGGACCUCGCUUCUACACUUGUCACUCAUCACGAAGGUGCCAGCCGGCCAGUACCGGCGCCUCGCCGGGUUUCUGAACCCGCCCCUCCUCCUCGCCCUGCCCCUCGGGUUCGGCUACCACGUACGGGAGACGGCCUUACAGUCGGUGAAAACCAGAAGCCUGCGAUUCCUCCCAAACCUCGAGAAAGAUCACAGUCUCCUGGAAGCCUGUCCAGUGGUGCCCAUAAACCCAAAGACCCACCUUGGAUGGCCCUGGUCCAAUCAGAACCCAAGAAGAAGAAAGCCCCUGCCCCUCCCGCUGCCGGACUUGCAACCCCCCCCAACAUAGGCUCUCUGUCCUCUCUCAAAGGGGAAGGCUCCAGACCCAGCACGCCCCCUCCGCCCUCCAACCCGUUUGACGACGACGACGAUGAUGAAAAUAACGAGGUAGAGGAAGAAGAGGGGAGAGAAGGAGGUGCGAUUCCACCCACAGUUGUGGCUACUCACCCAUGGUACAACAUCGGUCGGGCAGCUGACACCACAGCUGCGGACACUCCUCCUAGUGAAGGACGCUCGUCCCGCUCUGCCAGCCCUGGGAGCAGCAAGAGCAAGAAACGGCCGGCACCUCGUGUUCCAAAGCCACCUGCUGUUAACCAAGUUCUCCCUCACUCUCAGCCCUCCUCUUGCUCUCCCUCUCCAGCUCUCAGCACAGAGAGUCUGUCUUCAGCCUCAGACCACAGCUCUGCCCAGCCCCCAUUGGGUGGCAGUGCCAGCAACGACAAGGAGCACGCCUUCACCAAAAGUGUCUCAGAGCCUUCCAUCUGUUCACCGUGCGACUCUACGGCCUCUCCCUCCUCCUCCUCGACCGAACGUUUGACUCAUCCCUCCCAAAACCCCUACCCAUGUCCCACGCCAUCAUAUGCCAGCUCAGCUCCAGCUACCCCACAGACCAGUCGCAGCAUGGGGACUGGAGCCCCUCCACCAAGACCCCUGACGACCCCCAGCCCUUUGGCCUCAGGAGCCAACCAAUCGCACAAUAAGCGGAUCUGUAAGGAGAACCCGUUCAACAGGAAAGCUUCUCCCUCCCCUGCUAAAUCCCAAACAAGACCACCAAAAGGCCCUCGUCCUGCCAGGCCCCCGGCCCCAGGCCAUGGCUUCCCUCUUAUCAAACGCAAGGUGCAGUCAGAUCAGUACAUCCCAGUAGAGGACAUCCACGGGGAGAUGGGUCAGCUGGAGAAGCAUCUGGAUGAACUGGAACAGAGGGGAGUGGAGCUGGAGAAGAAGCUGAGAGACAACCCUAAUGAUGAGGAUGAGGAGCGCCUGCUGGUGGACUGGUUCACUCUCAUCCAUGAGAAACACCUUUUAGUACGACGAGAAGCCGAGCUGGUUUAUACAGCGAAGCAGCAGAACCUGGAAGAGAGGCAAGCGGACGUGGAGUAUGAACUGAGGUGUCUUCUCAACAAGCCAGAGAAAGACUGGACAGAGGAGGACAAGAGUCGGGAGCAGGAGCUGAUGGCUGAGCUGGUUACCAUCAUUGAACAGCGCAACCAAAUUGUCAACAACAUGGACCAGGACAGGCAGAGGGAAGAAGAGGAGGAUAAAGUUAUGGAAGCCAUGCUGAAGAAAAAAGACUUCCAUAAGGAUCUGGAGGGCGAGCAGCAGCAGCCGCAGAAGAAAAAAGGGGCAAAGUUCAAACCCAUUAAGGUGCUCAAGAGGCUGAGCCAUAAAGGAGAACCAAGCAAAAGCCACAGCCCCCGCAAGGAGAAAACACCGUAGAAAGCACCACUCCUUCAAGAGGAAAUGAGACUAUUUUAACAAGACUAAGGAAAAUUAAAAAAGGAUAUGAGAAAAAAAUUACAUCAGGUCAAGAAGAUGUGUUCUCUUUUAACUGUGUCAUUAAUGACUUGAAGUGCAACCCAGAAUCCACUCCCUGCUCACCUCUUACUUCAGUGACCAUUUUCAGUUGCCUUUGUGAGACAGUAUAACUCAACAAGCUCUCUGACCUUUCAUGCCAGUGAAGGUAACAGUAGGUUUCUAAAUUACUGCACUGAAAUGUUUUUUGUUGCUUCACUAUCCUUGCAUUGCACAGUGUCUCUACCCUGUAAGUCUUUAUCAGGAUUCAGCAAAUGUGUGAUUCGUCAGUUCACUUUAAAUGAAGUCAGUUGGAUGCAAGUGGAUCUUAUAUCUAUGAGUUUUUAAUAUGUUUUUACUCUAAGGUUUUCUGUCACGUCUGGUUUGAGCCUGUGGUACUAGUGAAAGUAAUACUUUUUAAAGAUGAACUCUGCUUUAAAUAUUGCAACAUCUACCCCUGAAACGCUCAGACACCAGCAGAUACCUAAGCUCUUCUAGCUGCUAUGUUAUGAUUGUUUGUGGUGUCCUUGUUCUUAGGUUCUUCAGUUGUAGUUCUGUGAUCGUGCCAUUUGUGUAAAUGCAUAUCAUCAAAGAAGUGGAUGAAGGUAGAUACAGUAUUUAAUGGUGUGAGUGUGUGUGUGACUGGAAACGAAGUGGGAAAGUACUCAAAAUUAGAUUGAAGGAGUGUUAAACUACAUAAGUCUGUUAGAAAGUUUAUUAAUAUGAAAAGUCACACAUGCAAUAAUGAAUAUUUGAAAUGGCAGAUAUAACAAACAUCAUUUAUCACAGUUUAAACCAUUGGGGGAAACCUGAAUAUGCAAUCAUUAAUUUAUAUUUUACUAUGCCUUUCUGUAUGCUUCCAUGUUUUGCCUUAAAAGUGGAUAGGAAAAAACGUGUUAAUAUUGUUUGUACAAGUGCCAUUUAUUUAAUUGCAUAUGUGGUUGACUGUCAUUUGUUCGAGCUAAUGUAAAUGUCAGUGUGUUUACUCAUUCUGUUUUGUCAUUUAGAUUGUCCUCCAUUUUAAUGGUAAUCCCUGUAUGUGUCUGCUCUGUGCCUGUCUUCCUGUCCAGGGGACACCAAGGGCUCCAGUAGUGCCACAUUUCUGUCAGCUAUAUGUUGUUCAGCAGCAAGAUUAUUAAACAAUACUGACACUGGAAGGCAGAGGAAUAAAAUAAGUUGAUGAAGUA